AUGGCUCCCAGCGGCGCUGACCGCAAAACCGAGAAGUCCUACCUGUCGUCUGCUGUCGACUCCAUCAACCCGUGGGCCGGCGGUCGGAGCUCGACGCCAACGCAAACCCCCAAAGAGCCUCCUCCGCAGCCCGUGCCAGCCCCGACCUCGCGUCCCGGCGAUCACAGCAUCACCCACUUAUACGGCCAGAGCAUCAAGAGCUACCCCGCCGACUGCCCUCCUCUGAACGUGCUCUGGUACCAUGCAACCGAUGUUCCCAAGCGGAAACCCCAAUUCCUCAGAGACAAAUCGAAACCUGCCGAUGAUGCCAAGCCCCCACCUCAGCCGAAGAAGUUCCUCCCGUUUUCGAAGCUAGAUUCACGCGCAAUCGAGUCUGCAUAUCAGCGCCUGCUCGAGGAUUCGGAGAAAAGAAGAGGCGAUCGAUCGUUGCGAAACGCCUCGUCAGGCUCGCGACGUGGCCGCACGAAUACGGACGAAGAAAGCACACACAGCAGCCUAGAGACCAGUCCCGAAGGUGCCCACACCCCCAAAACACGAGUUCCCGUAAACGAGGAUUAUCUCUUCGAUGUCGAUAUCGAGAACCGAGAGCUAGCUCCCGUCUACUGGCUCGGUCCUGUCUAUGAAGUCCGUCGCGGUACCUGGUUCUAUGAGGAAGGCUCGUCUUUGCGGCCAUGCGAGGAGAAUCUGGCCUCGCAGUUGGAGGAGGGUUACCUCAAGGUCAAGCCCUGGACAUACCCGAACCCGCGGGUUCGCAGUGACCCCAAGAACAAGGACGCGAAGAACAAGGAUGUGACCCCGAAAGCAUCCGUCGAGAAUCUCAAGGCCGCCGCCUCAACCACCCCUACCACAGAGAACAGUAAACUCCUGGGACCACAGAAUCAGCACCAGCCGUCAUCGCACCGCUUGUUCGGCGCCUGGAUGAACAGCAUCGCGACAUAUCAGGACGCAAAUACAGCAUGGCUUACAUCAGAUAGCAUGCUCUCGUGGGUGACCUCCACCAUGUACGAAAGAUUCUCGGGCGGCGGUUACAUGAGCGGUGUCAAGCUGGUGAGGGGCUAUUCCGAUGUGGCCAAGAACAAGAAGGAGAAGCAGCCGUCCACACCGACCGAUGCUACUUCUACUUCGCAGCUUGACGAGAAACAACAAAAGCUACUCAAGAGGAGAUCUGCGCCGCCUUCUUCUACGCCUUCUCAGUCCAACGACGACCUUUCACGUACUGAGGAGGAUGACACCAGGGAGAACUCUCUUCAACGGCAGAUCUCAUCACUGAUGGAGGGAGCCGAGCGGAACCAGGAGGAGCAGGAAGAAGAGAUUCGCAAGCGCGAGGAAAAGGAAAUCGAAAACGACUACAACGGCCAGCUUGGUGAAACUCAAGGGCGUGAUAUCGAGCAUUUGGUUCUUGUCACGCACGGAAUCGGCCAACUCUUGGGUAUACGCAUGGAAAGCAUCAAUUUCGUUCAUGACGUCAAUGUCCUGCGCAAAAACAUCAAAUCCGUUUACUCCAGCUCUGCAGACCUACGGGCUCUAAACUCGGAGCUCGAAGAUGGUCCGAGAAACUGCCGCGUGCAGGUCUUGCCUGUGUGCUGGAGACAUCUUCUUGAUUUCCCCAAGAGACGGGAGAAAAAGAACGAGCGGGACAUUGGUGAUGGCGCUUUAGAUGAGGAUGAGUACCCUUCUCUGGAGGAUAUCACCAUUGAAGGUGUGGCUUUUGCUAGGUCUUUGAUUUCCGACCUUGCACUCGACGUCUUGCUCUAUCAAAGUGCCUACAGGGAACAGAUUUCGGAGAUUGUGCUGAAAGAAUCGAACCGCAUCUACAAACUGUUCCUCGAACGGAAUCCGGAAUUCAAGGGCAAGGUCCAUAUUGUCGGCCACUCCCUCGGUUCCGCCAUCAUGUUUGACAUCCUGUGUCGGCAGAAGGAGAAGUCAAAGGGGCUAGAGAGUCCAAGGAAUCCUCUCCGCUUCUGGCCACUACAAGAAAAGGCCCAUGGUUCCCGAGAUCGGGAAGCCAACGAGCUGCGAUUUGAGUUCGAUGUGGAUGACCUUUACUGCCUAGGAUCACCAGUGGGCUUAUUCCAAAUGCUCAAGGGACGGACCAUUUCAGCUCGUCACCUCCCGAACGCUCGCCCGUCGGAAAGCCCUAUGAAUCCGGAUUUGAUAGACGACCCCUUUCUCACGGCGACGCCGUCGUCUCCUACCCAUCGGGUCUCUGCAAUCACCGGUCUCCCUUAUUCCGUAUCGUCGCCAAAGGUCUCGCAACUUUUCAACAUUUUCCAUCCCUCGGACCCUAUCAGUUACCGGCUUGAGCCCCUGAUUUCACCUGCCAUGUCUUCAUUGAAGCCCCAAGUCUUGCCGUACACCAAAAAGGGCAUCUUUGGCAAUGUGGCUCAGCAAGGUCUGUCAGGCAUCGGCAUGAAGGUGGGACAGAGUGUCAGCGGGCUGUGGUCUAGCUUGAGCGCAGGAAUUGCGAGCAAUCUGCUCAACCGCAGUCUGGGCCUCAGCAACGAAGACGUGGCCAAGAUGAACUCGGCGAAUGCUCCGCAACAAGUUUCGGGAGCAGGAACGAACAUUGCAGACAGCGGCGUGAUCUCGGACGUCUCGAAGCUGGAGGCAAAGACCAACGAGCGCAAGAAGCAGCUCGCAGAUUCCAAGGCCAUGGUCGGCCGCACCAGCAUCAGCGGUAACGAGAUGACGCUGAUUGACGACGAGCUCGAGACGCUUUACUCCAAGUUCCAGGAGAAGCGCGUGGACCUGGCCAAGACAGAUGAUGAUGGCGGCAGAGCGGACUGGCUCGAGGCAGAGCGCAAGGCGCAGAAGCUGCGCCGGGAGGAGAUGAAGGUCCGGGCCCUGAAUCGCAACGGACGUGUGGACUACAGCAUCCAGGAGAGCGUCCUCGACUUCAACCCCAUGAACACGAUUGCUUCGCACAUGAGUUACUGGUCUGACGAAGACAAUGCCGGCAUCGACCAGGGCACCCCAGCGUGCGGGAUUGCUCCUGGCAACAUCCUCAGCCGUCUGACCAGCCUCGGUGCGCAGGGCGCGAAUGUCGUCGGCGUUGUCGUUGGUCAGGCGCACAAUCUGCAAUGCCUCUGCGGCCUGGCGCGCCGACACGGGAAAGACGUCGGUGGGCACGGGCGAGGCGAUCCAGAGCAGCAGCCAGACGACCUCCUCCUGCUCCUUCUCGAGGGCGAGGUGCAGAGCGCUCUUGCCGCCAGCGAGAGGGUCCUGGUAGCGGAUGAGCUGGCCGAGCUGGGCGACGUCGCCGGCGAGCUCCUCGUUUGCGUCCUGGAGCAGGUCGACGACGCCCUGGACGUCGCCCUCGGCGCACAUGAGGUGGUAGGCGCGAGCCGGGCGGGCUUCGGGGUUAGCGGCGAGGUAGGCCUCCUCGGUGAUGUUGGGGAGGAUGUCGAGGGCGUCCUGGAGGCCGCCCUCGUUGACGUAGCGGGUGAGGAUGGCGGCGCCGGGCGGGGUGUGCAGGAAGGGGUUUGUGACGGAGGGGCCCUGGGUGUUGGAAGGGAGGUACUUCUGGCACGAGGGGCAGUUGAGGGAGAUUGCGAUCUCCUGGGACUGGUCCAGGAGGCAUUGCCUGUUUUUUUGAUGCUCGAGAUCGUCGGGGACGUUCUGGGGGUCGUCGACGGUCUGGCCCUCGUCGUCGCUCUCUGGUUCGAGGACGAUGACGAGAGGGUCCUCGCAGGCUUUGCAGACGGCAGCCAUGGUUUUCUGUGA